AUGCACCCAGCGUUCCCUUCCGUUACUUUCUCCAACCAUUGGACGCUAGCAACAGGCCUGCAUCCCGAAUCGCAUGGCAUCGUAGCAAACAAAUUUUAUGAUCCAGUGUUGAAAAAAGAUUUCAGCAUAGAGGAUGAUGACUCUCGAUGGUGGCAUGGUGAACCGAUUUGGAUGACAGCACAACGGCAAGAGAAGGAGUCAGCCGUAAUUAUGUGGCCCGGUUCGAUGAUUAGUGGUCUAAAACCAAAGCGUGUAAUCGAUUUCAACGACACGGUAUCUCCUCACGACAAAUUUGACCAGACAUUACAAUGGAUCGAUUUGCCACGCGAAGAACGACCCAACUUGAUCGGCGUCUACAUACAACAAACCGACGAAAAUGGCCACCGACACGGCCCCACGAGCCAAGAUAUCGACAAGACGAUUGCAGACAUGGAUGAUGCUAUUGGGUAUUUAUUGAAAGGGCUCGACGAUCGCAAUUUGCUUGGUCGUAUCCAUGUUGUUAUUGUCAGCGAUCAUGGAAUGGCUGAGACCGACCGUUCACGUGUGAUUUAUUACGACGACAUAUUAUCUUCGACCUCGCGAAGCUGGCUCCGUGAACGAGAAGCUGACCCUCUUCUUGGUCUUCGACCCAAAGACAAUGCCCCUAAACAUGCCAUCCAACAAAUAUACCAAGAAUUUUACAACUUCACGCAAUCACACCCCGAUCCGCAUUUCCAGGUUUAUCUUAAGGAAGAUGUACCGGCACGGCUUCAUUAUAGUAACAACGAGCGUAUUGCACCGAUUGUGGCAAUCCCAGAUGUGGGCUACGUGAUGGUAGACCAUGACCGCUUUGAUCCCAAAUCAGCAACAGAGCAGUUUUCACCGAUUGGAAUACAUGGCUAUGAUAAUUUGGCCGUAGAGAUGCGGUCAAUAUUCAUGGCUCAUGGUCCAGCCGUCGAUAUGAUGUAUGGACGGAGGGCUGUCUUGGCCCCUUUCUAUAAUACUGAAGUGUAUAGUUUUGUCUGUGAAUUGCUCAAUAUUGAUGCGAAUCCGGCGCAUAAUGGCACUAUGGAAGGCCAGUUUGUUCGGAUACGAUGA